UCCUGCUCAACACUUACGAGCGGUGUCCCGAUGCGGAACUUUACGUACGCGUUUCUCGCCAGUCCCUUUCCUCUGCGGCCGGCGAGGCCACGCCCGCCGUCGGCGUCCACAGUUCCCCUGAGAGCCGCCCCUUCAGCUUCCUCCAUCUCCGAGGGCGGGACCUCAGCUCCGCCGGUUUAUUUCGCCAAGAAGAUUCCGAAACCAGAAGCUGUCUCGUCCACUUACACAUGUCUGGUUUCCUCAGCUCCUCCGCGCAUGGACGGGGUGAAAGCUCGAACCUUUCGGCCUUCUCCUGAACUGGGUCUUCUCUCUCUCUUGUUCGUGCUCUCAAUGGCAAUCGGCUCAAUUUUCUGCAUGGCCAUUGUUUCUAUCCCGACCAUGACAGCUUUCAGAAGAUUGGCAGCUUCAAUGGAGGACCUUUCCAAGGUGGCCUCUGAGGAGUUGCCCGGUACCUUGUCCUCUCUCAGGCUCUCCAUGCUCGAGGUCAAUGAACUGACCCGGCAGCUCAGCAAUCUCAGGCAAAAGAUUCCGGGGAGUCGCAGGAAGAAAGGAAGGGUCAAGAAGAAUGAAUGCGUUGCCGACUAACUCCUGAGAUUUGUCUGGUCCAACAAAGAUCCUGUUCUUCGCAUAGUAAUUAGAUUCUUCCAUGCUGUCAAAAUGCACAUUAGAUACGUACCUGUGUAUACGAUCUAAUCUGUCCCAUGUCACCCAAUGUUGGAAUUUUCAUCCAUUAAAAAAUCCAACAGUUGGUGUGUUUCUACUGAUAGUCUCUGCAGUUCAAGUCGAGGUAACGUAAAUGGCAAUUACACUGAGCAUUAUGGUUGCAUGACAUUAA